AGCUGCCGAAGAGACAAGCAAGAAACACAGUCAUUAACUGCCCGAAAGAUGCUUUCAAAUCUCAUUAACCUACGAAAGCAGAGCAUGAAUGAACCUUCUUUUAUUCUCUCUUUUUAGGGAGAAGAAAAGAAGGAGAGUAGUGGAGCUGACUGAGAAGAUGGUGGUGGAUGGAGGCACGGGAACCAGAUGUGAGUGGGAGGGACGAUGGAACCAUGUCAGAAAGUUCCUGGAAAGAUCGGGGCCUUUCACGCAUCCUGAUUUCGAAGCCAGCACAGAGUCCUUGCAGUUUAUGUUGGACACCUGCAAAAUCCUCGUCAUUGGUGCUGGUGGCCUGGGGUGUGAACUUCUUAAAGACCUGGCUUUGUCAGGUUUUUGCAACAUUCAUGUUGUUGACAUGGACACCAUCGAUGUUUCCAACCUGAAUAGACAGUUUCUCUUCAGGCCUAAAGAUGUAGGUCGGCCCAAGGCAGAUGUUGCAGCUGAAUUUAUUAACAGCCGCAUCCCUGGAUGCUGUGUAGUCCCUCAUUGUAAGAAAAUUCAAGAUUUUGAUGAGACAUUUUACAGACAAUUCCACAUAAUUGUCUGUGGACUGGACUCUAUAGUUGCCAGAAGGUGGAUGAAUGGUAUGCUGCUGUCUCUGCUGGUGUAUGAGGAUGGCGUCCUGGACCCAAGCUCCAUCAUUCCUCUGAUUGAUGGAGGGACUGAAGGCUUUAAAGGAAACGCCCGAGUCAUUUUGCCUGGCAUGACCGCUUGCAUUGACUGUACUCUUGAGCUUUACCCACCUCAGAUCAACUUCCCUAUGUGUACGAUAGCCUCGAUGCCACGUUUACCAGAACAUUGCAUUGAGUAUGUCCGCAUUCUGCUGUGGCCCAAAGAGAAGCCCUUCGGAGACGGUGUGGGGCUGGAUGGAGACGAUCCAGACCACAUCCAGUGGGUGUACCAGAAGUCUCUGGAGAGGGCAGCAGAGUUCAGCAUAACAGGAGUCACAUACAGACUAACCCAGGGUGUUGUGAAGAGGAUCAUCCCAGCUGUGGCAUCUACAAAUGCAGUCAUAGCAGCUGCUUGCGCAACAGAGGUUUUCAAAAUAGCAUCAAGUGCCUAUAUUCCACUGAACAACUACAUGGUCUUCAAUGAUGUUGACGGCCUGUACACCUACACUUUUGAGGCUGAACGAAAGGAAAACUGUUCAGCCUGCAGCCAAGUACCUCAGGACUUGCACUUCUCCCCAUCCUCUAAGCUACAAGAGGUGCUGGACUACCUAACUGAGAGUGCCUCCCUACAAAUGAAAUCACCUGCUAUAACAGCGACAGUCGAAGGAAAGAACAAAACUUUAUAUUUACAGAGUGUGGCUUCAAUUGAACAGAGGACACGGCCAAAUCUCUCUAAAACACUGAAAGAGCUGGGACUGAGUGACGGGCAGGAGUUGGCCAUAGCUGAUGUCACUACACCUCAGACCAUGCUCUUCAGACUCAGCUUUACCUCAUAGGAUAAACCCAUGCACUCCAACCACAACCAUCUGAUGUCAUUGUUGUUAUUACUGGGCCAGCCAUGACUUGGUGCAGAAUAUUUAGAAAUGGCUUUAAAACUAGAAUGGUUUACAGUGUAUUCGGUCACAAUCAUGUGAACGAGUUGAGCUUAUUUCGUUGUUUUAAUGUACCAGUUCACUAAAAGUCCAUAUUUUGCACGUGAAAGCCAAGCUAGUUCACACCGUGUCAUGUUUUGGUGAUGCAGUGUCUACAGAUGUUAAGGAUUUCUCUCGCAAGUGUUACCUGCACUACAACCUACAAGUCUGUUCUGUGCAAACCAUUAGAGAACUAAUGGUUACUUGAUAUAACGUUACUCUCUACUUGUCCUAGUUCUUAUGUUUAUUUAUUCAGACGCUGUUUUCAUUUAGUUGCAGUAACCACUGCAGUGGUCCCCGACCAGACUCUGAUAUUGAUGUGAACUGGAAUAAAAUGUUUUUGUUUUUUUUUUUCAUACAAA